AUGUCCCUUUCCACAGUCGACAGUCGAUCGUUGAAAACAACUAUGACCGCAACAAGCGGGCCGCGACACUCCCGUCUCUUUCUUUACGCUCUGAGUCUAGUCACAUUCGCUUUUACCGUCGUUACAACCGUUUUUACCAUCCUCGAUGCGUCGAGUUUUUACUACUGGGGCAUCUCCUUCGGCCCUUUGGCUAUUGUCGCUGCGACUUUUAAUCUUUUAUCCCUGGGAACAAUAGUCGCCGUCUUCAUCCAGCUCAUAUACCGUCAGGGUAGAAGAGGGAAUGGCCCUUGGUCAAGUCGGAGCUGCCUAGUGCCGCUCUGCUUGCUCCCCACGGUCGUCGCUGUCGUUCUGACACUGGCGACUUAUAUACUCACACAGACCCACAAGCGUGAGGUUUUAGCCGCGCCCAACGGACACUGGAGCUUUGAUAUGCCGCCAAAAUACACGAUCUGGGCGCUUUCCACGGCCUCACAAGCCGUGUUCUUUGUCAUCACAAUUUGGAAUUGGCCUUCGGAACAGCAGUACGCCGGAGCAGCGGCCGGAUCACCGGAGGAAUCGCCGCGGGAGGCCACCCCGGCCAUGGCGUCGAACGCUCUACAGACACCGCACAUCCACGGAUCUUCACUUUCUUCGCCGACAUUCUCGAACUCGUCAACGCAUUCCCUCAGUAAUUGGGGGUCGUCCUUCUACCAGGCGGUAUACCCGGUCACCUCCAGGACAAAGCUGCUCGCGAGAGGAGCUUCUUCACUGCGCGACUCCAUUAGUCUGUCUUCUAUGCGUACGAAUUCGGUGUCGCAUCCACCCGACGGCUUUGCCAUGUGGAACAGCUCUGAAAUGGAUCCUCAUCUGCGCGACACCAUAAUGCAGUCUGGGCCGAGUCAGGAGCUGACGGCCGUGCUUGGCCGCGGCACUCGCCUCGAACCCAUUCCAGGCAGUCGUCCGGUUUCUCCUGCACGGGCACUUAACGGCCCGUUUUCGGAAAGCCCUCCCGUGGACACCACUGCCAUGCCGAGCCCUGCUUUUAUCUCGCCUCACACUUCUCGCCCUCCGUCGCCCAACAUCGACAGCGCCAUGAUCCACCCAUUGUUCCGCCCGGAUAGCCCGGUCCCACCUCCGGCAGCCACGCCGGGAACCGUGGUGGUUGCUUCGCCGUUGAGCGGACACGUUAUCCCGCGUCCGCACAGCAGCCGGAGCCGCACCAACAGCCGAACGAUGAGCCCGAGCCCACUGACCAGCCCGUCACAAAUAUUUGGAGAUGCUGGGAGCAUCAGAAGCGGACGAGGAGACAGAUGCGAGAGCCCCUUGGCCAGAGCGAUGACGCCGCCAAUUCCGGAAUUUAUUUUGAGUGAAAGCCCGAGGGUCAGCUCGUCUGCCAGCAGCCUGAGGAAGCAUAGUCUUCACGGCCCGGAUGACAGCAGGUAA